CACACACACCGCUGCUCUAUAAAACAAGACACACACACUCUCACAGACACAAACACCGACAGAGACACAACGAGCUGGUUGAAACUUUCUAACAAUGGGCGUCAUCAUCUCACACAUCUUCUCCAGGUUCAUCUCCAAGACACCUGUCAGGAUUUUAAUGGUGGGUCUGGAUGCAGCAGGUAAAACCACUCUGCUGUACAGACUGAAGCUGGCCGAGGUCGUCACCACCAUCCCAACUAUUGGUUUUAAUGUGGAGACAGUGGAGUACAAGAACAUCAGUUUCACAGUUUGGGAUGUUGGUGGUCAGACAAUCAUCAGACCUCUGUGGAGACAUUACUUCACUAACACACAGGGUCUGAUAUUUGUGGUCGACAGCAACGACCCCGAGAGGAUUAAAGAAGCUGCUGAAGAGCUUCACAGGAUGUUGGAGGAGGACGAGCUGAGGGGCGUGGCCUUACUGGUGUUUGCCAACAAACAGGAUUUGCCCAGAGCCAUGUCCGUCAGUGACAUCACAGAGGCUCUGGGCCUAUCAGGAGUCUCACAGCCGUGGUUCGUCCAGGCCUCCUGUGCCGUCAGCGGGACGGGUCUGGUCGAGGGUCUGGACUGGCUCUCAGACCAGAUCUUGAAACGGAGGACUCUGAUGUGAACGAGCUCCGGGCGUACCUUGUUUCCUAUUGAGUCAGGCGGUCUGGUGGACUGAGCCGAGCCGGUGAAUCCAGGAGGACCAUGAAGGAUCCCUCUGAAUUAAAAAGACAGCGUGUUCACUUCCUGUAGAUUCGUAAAAACACUCACAAUGUAGAGUUUGAGCCACAUUCAGGUCAGAACAACAUAUAAAACACGGGGAAUGUUGAGUAUAUAAAGGUAUUUUCAUACUUUCUAUUUGAAUUGUGUUGCCUCAGACUGCUGUUACACUGCAGUGAGCGGUGUGCAAAGCCUAUAAAAGUAUUCCUACAUGUCCUGCUCACUUUAUAUUUUAACUUCACAAGACUGGAGUUAAUGUAUUUCUGUUGUUUUAUAUAUUUAUGGUGAAACCAGACGGUUGAUAGAACAAACAUCACGAUAAUGUAUUGAUUAUAUAAAUUCUGUACAAACAUAG